GGCCUCGAGAAGCGGCGGAGAGGAAGAGGGGGCCGGGACUCGUGACAGGAACAUUCGGGAAGAUCCUCACGGCACCCCGCAGACGGUGGCUGUGGACGGAAGAGCAGCCGCCAAUAAAAUGACCCCUCUGAGUUGUUGUGGCAGAACCUAAAUGUGGGUGUUGGUGCGAGAUGAGGAUAGAAGCACGACGGAAAAAUCUUCUCAUUUUGAUUUUGCAUUAUCUAACACAAGAAGGAUAUAUCGAUGCAGCCAAUGCUUUGGAACAAGAAACUAAACUGGGGUUACGACGCUUUGAAGUUUGUGACAACAUUGAUCUGGAAACUAUUUUGAUGGAAUAUGAGAGCUAUUAUUUUGUAAAAUUUCAAAAAUAUCCUAAAAUUGUCAAAAAGGCAUCAGACGCAGCAGAAAACAAUUUGCCACAAAGAAGUGGAGGGAAGACCAGAAGGGUGACGAGUGACAGUUGUCAAAAUCUUCCCAAGAUCAGUCAACAGAGGCCACGAUCCAAAACCAUAGCCACGAAGACAGGGGACACAAAACCUCUCAAUAAGGAGCAUCCGAAACAGGAGGUGGCCAAUGACACUCACAUGGAAAGUACUGACUUUGGUUUGAAUAUAUCAAGAAUCAACAGAAGCAGUAGAGAGGAAAACACCCACCCACAACGAGGUCAAAUCAUUGACUUCCGAGGGCUGCUCACAGAUGCUAUUAAAGGAGCAACCAGCGAACUUGCCUUGAACACCUUCAACUGUAACCCAGACCCCUCGGAACGAUUGCUGAAACCUCUGAGUGCAUUUAUUGGCAUGAACAGUGAGAUGCGAGAAUUGGCAGCCGUGGUGAGCCGGGACAUUUAUCUCCAUAAUCCAAACAUAAAGUGGAAUGACAUUAUUGGACUCGAUGCAGCCAAGCGGUUAGUCAAAGAAGCCGUUGUGUAUCCUAUAAGGUAUCCACAGCUAUUUACAGGAAUUCUUUCUCCCUGGAAAGGACUGCUGCUUUAUGGCCCUCCAGGUACAGGAAAAACUUUACUGGCCAAAGCUGUGGCUACUGAAUGCAAAACAACCUUCUUUAAUAUUUCUGCAUCCACCAUUGUCAGCAAAUGGAGAGGGGAUUCAGAAAAACUUGUUCGGGUGUUAUUUGAACUUGCCCGCUACCACGCCCCCUCCACAAUCUUCCUGGAUGAGUUGGAGUCGGUGAUGAGUCAAAGAGGCACGGCUCCUGGGGGGGAACAUGAAGGAAGCCUUCGGAUGAAGACGGAGCUACUGGUACAGAUGGAUGGGCUGGCGCGCUCAGAAGAUCUCGUGUUUGUUUUAGCAGCUUCUAACCUGCCAUGGGAGCUGGACUGUGCCAUGUUACGCCGCCUGGAGAAGCGGAUUCUGGUUGAUCUUCCCAGCCGUGAAGCCAGGCAGGCCAUGAUCCACCACUGGCUGCCCCCUGUGAGCAAGAGCCAGGCCCUGGAGCUGCGCACUGAGCUGGAGUACAAUGUGCUGAGCCAGGAGACUGAGGGCUACUCGGGCUCAGACAUUAAACUAGUCUGCAGGGAAGCAGCCAUGCGGCCUGUGAGGAAGAUCUUCAAUGCACUUGAAAACCACCAGUCAGAGAGCAGCAAUUUACCUGGGAUCCAGCUGGAUACGGUGACCACUGCUGACUUUUUGGACGUGCUAGCUCAUACCAAGCCUUCAGCAAAGAACCUGACCCAGAGAUACUCAGCCUGGCAAAGAGAGUUUGAAUCUGUCUGAAAUCAUAUUACCCGGGCCUGCAGAGGCCUCCUAGUUUAUUAAUAUAGGUGGGAGAAGAACCUGACUGAAACGAAAACAGGAAAUCAUUCUUGAAGACUGGAUUCAUUUGGUAUUGUUUUGGAAAUUUGAGACAUUUUUAUUAACUUUUCAUGAUAGAUGUCAGAACAAUAUUAAAGAUUUCAGUGACAUGCAUAUGUGCUGUUCGGUCAUGCCAGAGAUUUUUGUCACAGUUAGACUGUAUAAAAUUUUGAUGAACAACUUCCUAGAGUGUUCAUUUGUCAACUGGUAUCUUC